UCUGGGUUGCUUGCCACCGCUUCCGGGGCGUGUUGCAGCGAGCGGGUAUUGCUGUGUCUUAGCUUUCUGAGAACCUGUUUCGAUGCUCCCGGGUACAAUGAGCUUCCUAAAGAGUUUCCCGCCGCCGGGACAGGAUGAGGGGCUUCGGCAACAGCAGCCAGAUACAGAGGCUGUGCUGAACGGAAAGGGCCUCGGUAUCGGCACUCUUUACAUCGCGGAGAGCCGCCUGUCUUGGUUAGAUGGUUCUGGAUUAGGAUUCUCACUGGAAUACCCCACCGUUAGUUUACAUGCGGUGUCCAGGGACCUAAAUGCUUAUCCUCGAGAGCAUUUGUAUGUUAUGGUGAAUGCCAAAUUUGGAGAAGAAUCAAAAGAAUCUCUUGCUGAUGAAGAGGAGGAAGACAGUGAUGAUGAUGUUGAACCUAUUACUGAAUUUAGAUUUGUGCCUAGUGAUAAAUCAGCAUUGGAAGUGAUGUUCACUGCAAUGUGUGAAUGCCAGGCUUUGCAUCCAGAUCCUGAGGAUGAAGACUCAGAUGAUUAUGAUGGAGAAGAAUAUGAUGUGGAAGCACAUGAACAAGGGCAGGGGGAUAUUCCUACAUUUUAUACCUAUGAAGAAGGAUUAUCCCAUUUAACAGCAGAAGGGCAAGCUACACUGGAGAGAUUAGAAGGAAUGCUUUCUCAGUCUGUGAGCAGCCAGUAUAACAUGGCUGGGGUCCGGACGGAAGAUUCAGUAAGAGAUUAUGAAGAUGGCAUGGAGGUAGAUACCACACCAACAGUUGCUGGACAGUUUGAGGAUGCGGAUGUUGAUCACUGAAAAUGAUUUAUGCUGCUUAAAAUUUUCGGCGGACACAACAUCUUUGUUUGUAUGUGGUGCUGAGGAUCGAACCCGAGCCGCACACAUGCCAGACGAGCGCGCUACCGCUUUAGCCACAUCCCCAGCCCCUAUAUUGUCCUUUUCCAGCUCAAGUAAUUAAAGUAUAUGUUAGUAAUAAUUUAAGACCAUGUAGCUAGUUCAUACUAUUCAAAGAUAGGACUGAUAACCUUAGUUAACUUUAUACACUGCAAAAUUUUCACAUUGUUAAAUUGUUGUCCUCUCCUCCCUGUAACAGCAUUGUCUUCUCGAAUUAUCUUCCAGAUCCUUUUAUUGAAGCAUAUGUUAGUAACAUGGCAAGAUUUAUAAUAAUUUUGUUUUCUUCUGGUAUAAAUUUUAGCUCUGGCUUUUCUGAAGUUAAAAUUUUAAUUUCCUGUACCCUUGUUCCAUUUAAUAUCAGAGACCAGCCUUUUAAAAUUCCAGACAGACCUUCCAAAUUAUUGCCACUGUGGAUUUAACAUUGCUUCUCAUACUAACCAUGAAUUGUGAUAUUAGAUCUCUGCUUUCUUCUCAGAUCCUACCAGUAGAACUAUCAAAAAAUAACAUCAUAGAGUUCUGUGAUUUAUAUCUCUUCCCAUAAAUACUUAGUUCUUAUUUUCACAUUUACUUCUAUCAGUGGUAGCCAGAUAGUCUAAAAUUAGCAGCGUCUCCUCUGCACAGCCAUGUGUGUGCACACCGCUGGUGUUCUGUGAGUGUUGGCUCUCAUCCCUCACUUCUAGAUGUAACUUCACUCUUCUUCAUGGGAGACCUUUUAGUACCAACCUCAAUCACCUUUCCUGAUCAAAUUCUUUAUAGCACAUUGUUUUUUUGUUUUGUUUUUUUCAGUUCAGAGAUAGUUGUUUAAUAACAGUUUUAUUGAGACUGGAUAAACAGAAUUUGGGGUCUUCUGAUUUUUCAUGUAUUUUCCCUGAAGAAUAGACUGUUCAGAGAACAUUGACCACUCUGUUAAUAAUGAUUAUGAGAAACUCAUUUGAUGUGUCGCUAGUGGUUAUUCAAAUGAGAUGUUACUGCAAUCCCUGGCAAACAUUCUUAGGAUUCUUUGUAAUGGUGAAAUAACCAUAAAAUAGCCACAAAAUUUCUAAUGAGCUGAUGAUUUGUUUUCUGUUAAUUUCAUGUUCUUUGCUCAAAGGCAAAGAGAUAUUUUAUUCAUAGUUUAUUCAGGCUUUCCAUCUGGGUAAUUGACCUGAAUUCCAAACAAUAUCUAUAAAUUUGUAAUCAUUUAAAAUUGUAUGUGCCUUUAAAGAAUAAACAAGGUAUAAUUAGAGUGUU